ACUCUCACUCUCCAGUACAGCAGGUAGCGAUUUACAUGCUUUGGGGUAUUAAUGCAGGCGAAGAAGAAGCGAGGUUCCUUCCGCUCUCAUCCGGUGACGCAACUUCCUUUCUAUCCUGCUAACCUCCGAGUGAACACGCGUUCGCCUGUCUAGCAAGAUGCGUUACGUCGCCGCUUACCUGCUCGCUGCCCUGGGUGGCAAUGAGAGCCCUGAGGCCAAGGACAUCAAGAAGAUCCUGGAAAGUGUUGGUAUUGAGGCCGAUGACACACGUUUGCAGAAGGUUAUCUCCGAGCUCUCUGGCAAAAAUGUGAAUGAAGUGAUCACCUCAGGUUACAGUAAGCUGGCCAGCAUGCCAGCAGGCGGUGCUGUAGCCGUUGCCAGCUCUGCUGCUGGUGGCUCAGGCGGAGCCGCAGCCCCUGCUGCAGCUGAGGAGAAGAAGGAAGAGAAGAAAGAGGAGUCCGAGGAAUCCGACGACGACAUGGGAUUCGGACUGUUUGACUAAACUUCUCCAAAAGAUGAAUAAAUUUUCUUUAAAAAAAAAAA